CACUUCCGGGAUGUAUGGGAGAGCAAAAUGACAGCUGGUUUGUUUUUAUCAACAAGGAAAAUUUAAAGUAGACAUUAAAGUGUCAUGUGGUGAAUCCUCCCUUUUCUGGCCCUGACAGCUGACCAAAGCGGGACCAGCAUUUCUUCUGGAGACAUCUGUCAGCUCUGCCAGCCACUCUGGAGCCAUCAGUACGAACGCAGAAGAAGACAGUGAACAGUGAUAGUGGUCAAAUCAAGGGAAACGUCUCUUCAGCUGAGGGGGAGGCUGUUCAGCGGGACAGAACCAUGGAGCCACCGGGGGGCAUGGAAGGUCGUACCUUUGUGGAGGUGAUGAGUGAAAAGUACAGUCCAGAGAACUUUCCGUGCCGCAGGGGGCCUGGCAUGGGGGUGGUGGUGCCCACCGUAGGUCCUCAAGGCUCUCCUAUGAAAGACCGUCUGAACCUGCCCAGUGUGCUGGUGUUGAAUAGCUGUGGCAUCAGCAGGGCGGGAGACCAGGCUGAGAUUGCUGCCUUCUGUGCCCAUGUUAUAGAGCUGGACUUGUCUCACAACAAGCUGCAGGAUUGGCAUGAGAUCAGUAAAAUCGUGUCCAGCAUCCCCAACCUGGAGUUCCUGAACCUGAGCUCCAACCCCCUGGCAGGAACGACCCUCGAGCCACGGCGUGCUGAAGCCUUUUCCCGGGUCCGACGCCUCGUCCUCAACAACACUCAAGUGUCCUGGGACACCGUGCUGCUGCUCGCCAGGGAGAUACCUGAGCUGGAGGAGUUGUUCCUGUGCCAUAACGAGUACACUAGUGUGAGUGCCUCCAGUGUGGCCUGCCCCACCCUACGCCUGCUUCACAUCACCGACAACAGCCUCAAGGACUGGGCCGAAGUCCGCAAGUUUGGCUCCAUAUUCCCCAGCCUGCACACUCUGGUCAUGGCCAACAACAACUUGGCCUCCAUUCAGGACAGCAAGGAUAUUCUGCCACGGCUCUUCCCCAACCUACGCAGCAUGAACCUGCACAACUCAGGUCUCAACCGAUGGGACGACAUUGAGAAGCUGAACUUCUUCCCGAAGCUGGAGGAAGUGCGGCUGCAGGGCAUUCCCUUACUGCAGACCUACACCAACGCUGAGCGACGCAGCCUCAUGAUAGCACAACUCCCUUCAAUAUCACUGCUAAAUGGCAGCGUUGUGACUGAUAGUGAGAGAGAGGAUGCAGAGAGGUUCUUCAUCCGUUACUACUUAGACUACCCUGAGGAGGAGCUGCCUUAUAGAUACCAUUCCUUGGUAACCAAGUAUGGGAAGUUGGAACCACUCGCUGAGAUUGACCUUCGACCUCGCUGUCGUGCCCAGGUGGAGGUUCACUGCGAGGAAAAAGUGGAACAGCUGAACAUCCGUUUGGACCAGACAGUAGCUGAGCUGAAGAAGCAGCUGACAACAGUGGUCCAGCUGUCCACCAACAGCAUGAGGCUCUAUUACAUCGACAAGUGCAGCGCCUUCGGUCCGGAGGAAAUGAGGUACAACACCCGGGCUCUCCACUCCUAUAGCAUCCAAGACGGUGAUGAAAUACUGGUGGUUCCCAAGACCAAGUGAACAGCUGGUAUCAAACUGGCUGAUUGGAGUGACUCACUGAUUGAUUGAUUAAUUGGAUUAUUUGUUGAUUGGUUAACUGACAUCACAAAAUAACUGGGAAAUGCCUAUGGAACAGCAUCAGCAGCCCACUUGGAAUGGGAGCAAAACAAGAAAAUGAUGUGUACACCAUCAUGAAGACUGCACAGUGGACUACAGUGGGCUGCUGGGAGGCUCUGGCUGGAAAUGCAGCCAGUCUGGAAAGAAUAUUAUCUUUAUUUAUUUCAGCUUUAUUUGAGGGCAUCCACUGGAGUUAGUGGACAAAUCUGUCACACUGGAGAACAGGCUGAGAGAGCAACUCGCAGUCAGCUAGCAGCUUAAGCAGAGGGGAGGGCACUGCUGUACCAGCAAAGCAGCUCUAUCUCUUAGUACGCUGCAUGUACCAUAGCACCUGCAUAGGCAGGUAUCCAACACCACUGACGUGCCCACUUAGUCACAAAUGCUACGCUGAUUAGUAGUGAGGCAGUGAUACAGAGUGGAGAAACAGGGCUGCACUCAUCUGCACUUUUAAAGUGGCCACAGUAUCAGGAAGAGCUGUUGCUAAAGGAAAAAUCAAUCAUGCCCAAAACACUGGUAAAUGCAGUAAUUUGUGAUGAAAGUAGCAUUUCUUUGGUCCAUUGUGUUGUUUGGUGGUGUUUGUUUUUCAUAUUUCUUUGCCAAAGGUAGAAGAUGCUACAUUAUAUUCAGACGGUUUGACAAAAUACCAUCAGAAUCAAAAAGCAAGGGAUUCUUUCUAGAGCCGUAAUGACAAUCAACAAUGUGUGAAAUGUAUCAUAGGAAAUGCAGAUUUGAAAUCCUGAAAGGUCCCACCAGAUAUUUUACAAUGUAAAAAUAUAUUCUGCUUUAAAUAAUAAUUUGAGUUUGAUAUGGAGUUUUGACAAACAAGUUAGCAGGGAUGGGCCUUUUAAGUCAUUUCCAUAUUUGAGUGCUCACAUUGAAUUAUUAAGGUUGUCAACUACUCUCAAAAAAUCUCCUACUCCUUCCACAAAGAUUAACAGGACCGUGUGUCACCAUUUUUAUUAUGACCUGGCCAAACUUCUCUGUCCUAGUAGCACCACAACGGCCCUAGCUAACACUGCUAACGUUAGCAAAUGGGGGGAUGAAAUGUUGCCUGUUAUUUGUCUCCGCUGAUUUCUCCUUAUGCUUAAUCCGCAAAUGUUUAAUCAUCGAACUGGUUGCACCGCACGUUCAUAUCAUCAAUUUUGUUCAUUCUGCCUUUAAUGUUAGAUGAGUGAUUGAGAUGAGCUUUGAACAUUAUCUGCGGCUGUAGAUGCAAAUAUAUCUUAAUGAGAGUACUCGAUACGUUGAACGAAUACUGACAUCUAAACGAACAAUCAUGCCCACCCCUACAGGUUAGUAAGUUAUAGAUCAAUUUACUCCCUCUCCCUCAGUCAAAAAUUCCAAAUCGAUAAAUAUGCAAAUUUUGUAAUUAAUUACAAAAGUUAAACUGCUGGAUAUGAGAUCUUCUUACAAAGUUGUAGUGUACAUGCCCUGCAUGCUUCACAUUUUCAGUUAAGUACUGCAUCAGGAUUGGCUUCCAAACUAGUUUUCAUGAUGUUUGUACAUGUAUUAAACUGGGGUUUAUGGUGAUGACAGAGAAACUUUCUUCCAUCAGCAGAUGAAUUUGAAAACUUUUCUUGUGUAAAACUGCACAGUGAAGAUCUAACGUUAAAGUUAAGUAACAAUAAGAAAAACACAUUUUUGACACAUUUAAAGUGAAAGGCAGGCAGGCAAUAGGUGAGGCAGAUUAAAGUGUUUAAAGCUAUUUUUUUUAAGUGGGGUUGUAUGAGGUACUUACAGGAGAACCGACAUGGAAGCAGAACAGUGCACUACUGUGGACAGGGGCAGCAGAAAAAGACAUUUUAGCCACCUAAAAAAGGCGUACCUAUAAAGAUGUACAUUCACCACUUUACCUUGCUGCCACGCAGCCCUUUCUGACGGGAAACUGAAGCUUUUAUAUCCAUCUGUGCUGUUUUCAGAGCCACCAGACUCCUUUGAGAACAGCUGUAAUUUUACCUCACUCUACAUGGGAGUUGUUGGUCUUUUGUCAAGAGUCUGUUAGCAGUAUAAUAAGGUUCAGUUUCCCGUUGGACUCUGGCAGCAAGGUAAAGUGGUGAAAAUAGCCACCUACUGUAAGUAAUACACUGACUAUGGAUAAGUAAACAAAUACCUCAUACAACCCCACUUCAGCAAACCCCACUUUAAAGUGGUAAAACUGUCACUUUCAAGGAGAAUUGGCUGUAAAAAAUUAAAAUAAAAUAACACCACUUCAUGACAAAAUGGCUUCAAGAGUGCAAACUUGAUGAUAUCUAACAGUGUAUUGAUAUUUCCUUACUGUUAUGUGUUUUCUACAUGUGUUUUGUGGACUUGCUUGCACCAGGCAUCUGGUCCUUGUAUAACCAGAGUGAUAGCUGUGUCUAUAGUUUAGUCAGGAAGUCCCACAUAUUUUCAGUAGGUGUCGGGCUUCGUCAGGGUUGUCCCUUGUCACAGUUAUGUUUGUGGAUAGGAUCUAAAGGUGCAGCUGGGGGUUUGGGGACCUCAGGAUUGCUUCUCUGCUUUUUGCAGAUGAUGUGGUUCUGUUGGCUUCAUCAGAUCAUGACCUUUAACAUGCACCAAGAUGGUGUGGUCAGAAAAGUUUCAGAACCUCUGAGGCCAUUGGUUCUCUGCCAGAGGUGAGUGGAUUUCUGCCUGUGGGUCUUUAGCGAGUUGUUGGAAAAGGGGAAGGAGUUCAAGUGUCUCUGGGUCUUGUUCAAGAGUGAGGGCAAAACAAUAAAAAAUAGGCGGAUUGGUUUUGCGUCUGCAGUAAUGCAGCCAUUGUACUGGACCGUUGUGGUGAAGAGGGAGCUGAGCCAGGAGCCAAAGCUUUCAAGUUACCAGUCCAUCUAUGUUCCAACCCUCUCCUAUAGUCAUGAACUUUGGGUGGUGACCGAAAGAAUGAGAUGGCAGAUACAAGUGGCCAAAAAGAUUUUCCUCCAUGGGGUGGUUGGGCUCAGCCUUAGAGAAGGAGCUCAGACAUCCGGGGGAAACUCGGAGUAGAGCUGCUCCUCCUUCACAUUAAAAGGAGCCAGUUGAGGUAGUACAGGCAUCUGAUCAGGAUGCCUCCUAGGCGCCUUCUUUUGGAGGUCUUCUGGGCACGUCCAACUGUUAGGAGACCCGGGGUAGACUCAGAACAUGCUAGAGAGAUUUUACAUCUCAUCUGGCUUGGGAAUGCCUCGGGAUCCCACAGGAGGGGCUGGAAAAUGUUGCUGGGGAGAACAUCUGGAUUACCUUGCUUAGCAUGCUGCCACAAUGACCUGACCCCGGAUAAGCAGCAGAAAAUGGAUGGAUGGAUGGAUGGUUCCUUAUUACUGACCAAGAUAUGAUGUUAUUGUGUUUAUUAUCACAAAACACAUACUGUAUGCACACAUGUAUACAGUCACAAAUACCCACACAGGUUACCACAAAGCAGCUGUUGUGUCGUAUGUGCUGCCCCCUACAGGCUACACUGUGUAUUUCAUAAACAAAUUUGCUUUGCCACCACAGUAACCACUAGAUGAGGGUUUUUUUGUGAGGUGUGAAGUGACACACACACUAUGGUAAAAGACAAUCUCUCAGUGCACAUUCUGCGUAGGAGCAGUAUGAAGGCACAUUUUAUCUAUUCCAACAUCAUGUAAGUGUAGGAUUAUUACAUGCAUCCAUCCAUCCAUCAUUUAGCUAUACCUGCUAAUCCAGAUCCUUUUUAUUUAUUUGUGCACUUUCUAGGGAGCAAAAUAUGGUUGUGAGUUUGUCAUUGUUAUCUAUUUCAGAAUCUUUUAAAAUGUUUUUAAGAGGUUAGCAUUCCAUUUUUUCUCAUGUAAGUUAUAUCAUUGCAAAAUUUCUGUAAUUAAUUGCAUAUGAUCUUGUUUUAUGGACCUUUAAAUGCUUUAUCAAUGCAUACUAUACUCAUAUAAUUGGUAGUUUUCCUUGGACACAAAUCUCGGUUUAGUGCAUGUGUAUUCCGCUUUAAACUGGCAAUUAUUCAGUGAAGUAUUUCUAAAAGUAUUUUUUUCUUUUAUCCGUGUUUCAUCUGCUCCACAUUAGCGUAUUCUACAUUUCGCUCCACCCUGCACAGAAAUAUUUCCACCAAAGAUAGCUCAUUAGGGUAUCAUUAUUAUAAUGUGGAAUAUGUACCGUAUGUAUUGAUUUUAAUAUACAGCCUCCACCUUGUAUAAGAGGAGCAUUGAUGUUUGAUGUUUGGUGCUAUUGAUUUUUCCUAUAGCAAGCAACUUAGCAGAGUAGGGGAUUCCUGAGAGUGUGCAGUGUUAUGGCUAUGGACUGAUUGGUCAAGCAUUCACAUGUAGUGGCUGUUUGGAAACAAAUAUGUGUCUCAGUUCAUCUGCUGUUAGAAAACUCAGCUCAGUGUGCUUUGGCCUCUUUUAACAGUGUUUUAACCUCCCAAAGUAUCGAUAUCUCAAGUAUGUAAAUGCCACAACAUUUCCUUCCUUAUUAUUAUAAUUUACCAGUUUUAUAACGCAACUGCUAUACUUGAAUAUUUGAAAGUGUGAGAUAAUAAGACUAGGGACUUAAGUAUGAUGGUGUAGCAAUGACACACAGCAGGUUAGAUGAAAAGAGUUAAAACACUGGGACUCGCUUCCCCAUUUUAUCACAGUAGUGCUGAAUAAAUGUUAGCAUAGCAUGAACCACAGCCAUAGAAACCAGCACGGAGAGAGUCAGCAGUGCAGUGCUGGCACCGACUUAAGUAUUGAAUUAUAGUGUCUGUGCUAAUCAGUGUGAGAUUUGUUUGAAGCGCGAACAUGUGGUAUGUAAUUGUUUGCAGGGUGGGUGAUUCUUUUUGGUAUGCAUGUUAUUUUUUGACUUUAUGUGUUUGCGAGGAAAGUGGUCACAAUGCCUGCUUAAAUUUAUGAAAUAAUGAACUUGAUGGAGCUUUGUUUUACAUUAAGCCCAAGAAAAACAUUUGAAGUUUGAUGUAAAUUUAUUGUUUACUUGUUGAUUUCAUCCAGAUUUUUUUUUUAAGAAUAUGUUAUCAUGUUAUUUAUUGUGUCUACUGAUUACUGUCCAACCUGCUACAAGCCGAAGAUAUUGGCUAAGGCAUUUUACAACCCUUAAAGCCCCUGAAAACUUGAUUUUAGUUUUUUCUGUAACAUUCAUUCAAGAUUCAUGACUAAUAAAGCAACAAUCAAAGUUAGGGAAAAAAUACUUAUUAUUUAUGAAGAGUUCAACAAGAAUUCAGCUAAUCUGCUUCAUCAAGAAUGUGUGGGUGUGGUUUGAUCAGAUUUGACUGACAGUGGCUCACAUUUUGGUAAAUUUUGUGACAUAAACUUUUUCCAGCUGACACCAACCCAUUCAAACCAGUGAAUAGAACUCUGACAGAACAAAUAAAUACAAAAACUUAGUAAAAUAGUAAAAAAAAAAAUGUUUGGGAGAAAAUAAUGCGUUUAUGUAAAACUGAUAGUAACAAGCUGAUACAACCUUUUUUAAGGAAAAUUCCAUCCUCACAUCCUUUAACACACUUUGGCAGUGCACUGUGUGUAGUUAUUUGGUCAUUCUGUUGUGUGCUGUAAUUGUUACAUUACUCUUACUGAGUGGACCAUCAACAGUAAACCUCAGAUUUUGGUAUUACUCUCACAGAAUCAUACUGUGAGUCCUUCUAGAGUCACAUUUUAUUUAUCAUUCAACAGUUGUACAGGGACAUUCAUCAUAAGACAAAUAUAGUAAUUCCACCAGCAGCAGCCUCAAUACACCAGAAUGCAUUACAGUAGUUUGAGUAAAAAGUGUUGUUAAACUCUCGUUUUGCUUCUACCAUCACUAUCAGUCCAAUAGCUUUCACUGUUUUCAUUUAUAAUCCAGAGAUGAAUACCAUACUACCACAAUUUGGGAAAUAGGUUUAUAUGCUUUCUUAGCAUAAAGACUGGAAACAGAGGGAAACAGCUAGCCUGGCUCGGUCCAAAGGUAACAAAAUCUGUCUACCAGCACCUCUAAAGUGAAUAGACAGUGAAUACAUUUUUUAAAAUAUCAAACUGUUGCUUCAAAGGAGUCCUUGGGGGAUCAUUAAUUCAUUAAUUGGAGUAAUGAAAAUACCUCCUGAAGAGUAACUGAGGGUGGAUUUUCCCUUUUUAAAUGUAAUAAACUAUAAUCCAUUAACACCCUGUCUAUUACUUAAAACCUGUGCAGUCAGUUCAGAUUGUAAGAAGCAAAUGAGCAAAUGAGGAAAGUUGAAGAAAAAUACUGCACAGCCUCUCAGAAACGUGAUAAACUGACAUCAGACCAGUAAAAAAAAAAACACAACCCUCAGUUAGAUUAGUGCUUGACUGCUGAAAUGGAGAUAAUUCAUACUGUACAUUUAAAAGCUCCAUAUUUCCUUUGCUUGCUUAACACAUAAUGCUAGACAUCUGGCAGCUCCAGUGCAGCACAUCCUGUUUGAAUGGAAACCUAAAUAGAUACUUGCUACUCCAGCUAUAUCAGUAAAUACACACCUUGAGUGAUCAUCUGCCUCCAAGAGUGGUGCACCAGAGCUCACGUGGAUCUCAGAAAGCUAUAUUUGUCUUUGAUUAUAGUGUUAUAGAUUUUGGUUGGGCUAAAUGUGCAGGUUUCACCCCCGCUUAGACUUAUACACACCAGUAUUAAAGCUAAUCAGUUCACUCAAGUAUAUGUAACACGGGACUGUUCAUAAUCUGUGGCAAUUUAAGCAUAAUAAUUUGUUUUGUAAGAACCUAUAUGAAGUACUAAAUGGAACAGAAUGAGUCAUCUUUCUUGUAUUAGUAUAUGUAGAGAGAGAUGCGUCACUGAAUGGUAAUAAAUGGCAG